AAAAUAGGCAAGUAAAUAGAAUCGGAGACCGUUCUGUUUCACUUCCCUCUCGCGAUUUCUCUCUUUAAACGGUCUCUCUGAAACAACAAUCCAAAAUCGAAAUUGAAAGAACCCUAGAAAUCAUCGUCUUCUUCAAUCACACCAUAGGUUCAUAGCAUAUAAAUCUCAAAAAGCCAUGUCCGGAUCACAGAUCCCCAGAUCGAACCCGGAUCGGGUCUCAUCCCCCACGAGCUCCAAGUCCGUGACGCAGACGGUGAACGGCUCCCAUCAAUUCGUGAUACAAGGGUACAGAUUAGCGAAAGGGAUGGGCGUUGGGAAGCACAUCGCGAGCGAUAACUUCUCCGUCGGAGGCUACCAGUGGGGGAUCUUCUUCUACCCGGACGGUAAGAAUCCCGAGGAUAACUCGGCUUACGUAUCCGUCUUCGUGGCGUUGGCUAGCGAAGGCACCGAGGUCAGGGCGCUUUUCGAGCUGGCUCUUGUUGACCAGAGCGGGAAGGGGAAUCAUAAGGUUCAUAGCCAUUUCGAGAGGUCGCUUGAUAGUGGGCCUUAUACUCUCAAAUACAAAGGAAGCAUGUGGGGAUACAAGCGUUUCUAUAGGCGUACCCAGCUUGAGACAUCUGACUUUCUCAAAGACGAUUGCCUGAUAAUCAACUGUACGGUUGGAGUUGUGGUUUCCGAGGUACAGUGCCCACGUUUACACUCUAUUCGCGUCCCUGAUUCAGAACUUGGAUCACAUUUUGGAGUUUUGCUGGAUAGCAUGGAAGGUUCUGAUGUCACUUUUGACAUUGCUGGCGAAAAGUUUCAAGCUCAUAAACUAGUACUGGCGGCUCGAUCUCCAUUUUUCAAGUCUAAAUUUUUCAACGAGCCUGAAGCAAACAAUAGAGAGGUUACGAUCAACAAUCUAGAACCAAAGGUUUUUAAGGCUUUGCUACAAUUCAUGUAUAAAGAUUCUCUUCCUGAAGAUGUGGAGCCUGUGACAGCUCAUACAUUUGACCUCUUAAAGCUGCCUGAUAUAUACGAGACAUUGAUUGUAAAGCUCUUAGCGGCUGCGGACAGGUAUAAUCUGAAUAGGCUCAGGUUGUUGUGUGAAUCUCACAUCUGCAAAGGUGUAUCAGUGAAGUCCGUAGCCAAGAUCUUAGCAUUGGCUGACAGAUAUAAAGCUACAGAACUAAAGGACGUUUGCCUAAAAUUCACUGCCGAGAAUCUAGCAGCUGUUCUAGAGACAGAUGCUUACCAGCAGCUGAAGGAUGAAUGUCUGUCCCUCCAGUCCGAGCUUCUGAAGGCAGUGGCUGGUUACGAGGAAGCCAGCAACAGCACAGGAGGAGCCAAGUCUCAGAGCGUUUGGGCUCAACUAUCAGACGGCGGUGGUGAUACCAGCAGCCGACAUGUUAGACAACGCACCACCUAGAUCCUUGAUAUGUCUUUUCUCAGGUUAAUAACCAUAGAGGGGGUAUAUAGUUUGCUUUUCUGUACUUUUUUUCCAAUGUUUACAAGGUUUUGUCGACGUGCUACUAGUUUGAAUUAUGAAUCCUAACUCUUAUGUUAGUGAGAUAUGAAUCAACCUUUCACUUGUGUAGUAGUAGUAGUUUCAUAUGUAUCCUUUUGUAUGUGUAUCUCAUAACUGUUUCAUGCUAUAAAUGACGGUUUCAAAUCCCAUAAA